UCCAUCUCUAUUAUCCAUCUAAUUUUUCUCUGUAUUUCUCUCUCUCUCUCUCUUCCUUGCUUUUCAAUCGUCUCUGAUCUUCGGAAACCGCCUGGACAAACCCCUGCAGUUUUCUUGGCAAGGUUUUUCAGAAAAAAAGGUUUGCCAUUGCCCUUCUUCUUAGGGCUGAAAGGAAGUGGCUGGCCCAAAAGUCAUCCGAGGCAGGUCCAGAACUCCCAGUCUCCUAGUUCCAAGCUUCGCGCCUUAACCCAAACUCUCUCCCUUCCUCCUACCUGCGAUAAAUCUUAUUUGUCCUUAAGGUACCACAAGAUGUUGCAGACCGGCUCUCAACCCCCUUUUUUUUUAAAAAAAAAAAAGAUAGUUUGGGACCAGCUUUUAGCCCUGGCUCUCUUGGGCCCAAAUCCAUUGAGGACUAGUACCUUUGCUGUUUUAUCCGAGAAAGACCCGAAUACCUGUCCUCCAGACAAGGGCACGUACUAGCAGCUCCACUCACCGGACCAUCUGUCUUGCCAGCUGUCGCACGAAUGGAUCAAGGAAAACCUGUUCUCCUUAUUGCUCCUGAUCUCCACUUAAAAGAUCUUGAGCAGGCAAGGUUUUCUUUUAAUCAUCCUUCGGCCACAUCCGGAGAGGGAAGAUCUACCUAACGCCAAGAGAAGCUGAACUAUCUUGGGAGAUCUACCUCCGUGAGUCCCAUCGUUUUUAUGGAAAACGAGAAUAUCGGUUGGGAUGUUGGCUUUUGCUCGGUUUCCGACGGAGGGAGAAAAUGUUUUUGGGUGCGUCUUUUUACGAAGCUGCUUUUUCGUUGCUUUUCAGUUCCAGGUGCCAAACAGCCUCCUCUUCUCCACUCGGCUCCCGUCCUUACCAUGAGAUCGGGGUUUGGGGACGCGGUCAAAGAACUGCUCUGCGGCUUCUCAACGGAUUCCGCCAAGGACAAAGACAUGGGCGUCCAGAGAAGCCACAGCUGGGAGCCGGUCAAGAUGCAGGUCCACCCGAGGCAGAAGGCCGAACGAGACGCAGCCUUUGCCCGGCAGAAAGCUCAGCGUGCUUCUCUCAGAGCUCAUUUGCGGGAGAAAUACAACCUCCCAAAGAACCCGGCGGACGAAAAGCAGCUGGAAGCCGUGGGGGUUAAGCGCCAGCUGCCCCGAGACCUUCUGAGCAUCGUGCAACCCAACGCGGCCAACCUCCCCAGCUUCGGCGGGAUAGAUUUCGACUCCUUGCAAACGACCCUCCAGAGCCCAGCGCAGGCUUUCCCACGCCCGGCCCAAUGUCGUAUCAUGUGAACGAUAGUUGCCCUUUUUGUUCUGAGGAGGCAGGAAAUAAAAAUAUUUGCAU